AUGUCUGAGGGUCUUCAAAUCACUGGUGACGCCAUCAAAAAGUUCUUGAUCGACGCUGGCAUGUCGGCCGAAAAUGCUGAGAAGGUCGUCGAAAUCGGAGCCAAAUUCCGUCCGGAACUCGAGGAGGCCAAGAAGAGCAAGGAAACCGCGAAAGCCUUGUUCGGAAAGUACCAUCAUGAGGUUUCCGAGUACUUGAAGGCCCAUCCAGGAACUGAUUCGGAUUUUGAUGAAGUUGAUAGGCUUUACGCAAAUGACAAAUGUGAAAAAGGCUAUCAAAUAUUAAAAGAAAGGUACUCAAAAGGUGAACGAUCAGUUGAUCUUCUAUACCGAUUGGCCCAAUUUUGUAACGAAUUGUCGAGUCAGCGUCCGAAAGAAAAACGAAAAGCUGUUAUUGACGAAGGAAUUUUCUACGCUGAAGAAGCAUUAAAACUUGAUAAAAAUAAUCCGAAUGCAUUGAAAUGGACAGCAAUUCUAUUGGGACAAGCUACUGAAUUUAUGACAAUGAAAAAGAAAAUCGAAGCAGGAAAUCGCAUUAAAGAACUACUCGAUAAGGCAAUUUCCGUUCUUUCGCACGAUUAUGCUUUGCUUCAUCUUCGUGGCCGAUUUCGAUAUCAAGUUGCCUGUCUUUCGUGGAUUGAAAGAAAAUUGGCUUCGACAUUCUUCGCUUCUGUUCCUACAGCAACUUAUGACGACGCUUUAUGCGAUUUCCUUGCUGCUGAAAAGUGCCAACCAAAAUCUAUCGAAAACCAUUUAUACAUCGGGAAAUGCUAUUUGGCUAUGAAGGAUAAGGAAAACGCGAGAAAAGUGCUAACCGAAACAUUAUCAAUCGAACCGGAUUCUGACAAGGAUCGCGAGUGUUUGAGUGAAAUUCGCGAGCUUCUUCUCAAAUUUUGA